CAGAAGAAAGAGCAGAUGUCCUGGGAAGUGAUAAUUAAUGUGAAGGAAGUGUCUAAUUGCGAGAACUGGCAUGCACCCAGCCUCCCGGUUUUGCUCAAUUUGGCAGCAAAUGACAUCAGCCGGGGGUGUCGUUUCGCAGAGAUGUGCUUGCUCCCUAUUCUUCAGCGCAGAUAAUACCAUUUGGUCCAAUUAUCACUUAUGAUUACAUAACCUGUUUUGAUUGAAGAGUUUCUCAGAAAAUAAAGGUAACUUGUUUUUGCCCCAGCACAAAAACGCAAGCCGUUCCAGCAGGCAAGCUGCCCGACCAAGAAACACUGGGAAUUCUUAGGCUAAAUUAUGAGUCGAACUUGAUUCGGAAACAAAGCACCCAUUGUGCGUAACUGCCAGCAACAUCCAGGAGGAUGUGAUCGUUUCUCUGACCACAGGUUUUUCCCCAGCACACUCUCACAUAAGCCGAGUCCCCAGGCGCAUUCACAAAGUCGCAGAGAGCGUGCGGGAAGCAUUGACAAGGCUUCCUUUUUUCUCCCUAUUCUGUAGGCGCUUUAGUGCAGAGUUUGCCCAGAGACGCCAGGGUAUGAGCUUUCUGGAUUCGUAGACUGGUGCACUCUUUCAUUUCUGUUUUAGUUCUUUGCUGGCAUGCCCGGGAAGCAUGGUUUGUGCCACACAGGAAUGUCUGUUCACUUGGAUAAUGCUUGUGCAUGAAUGAGGUGGUUGCUAAUGUGGCUCUGAACUGUACUAAGUUUCUCACUUGGCUUUGUUUGCUGCUUACAAGGGGAUCAAGACCACCCGUUAGCAGAGCAGCUCCCCAGCCUGAGAAACUCCAGAAGAACAAUAUCACCAAAAAAAAGAAACUGGUUGAGGAGCUGGCUCUCGAUCACGUGUUUGGCUACAGGGGAUUCGACUGUCGCAACAACCUGCAUUACCUGAAUGACGGCGCGGACAUCAUCUUCCACACGGCGGCGGCUGGCGUGCUGCAGAACCUGGCCACGGUUCUUGGGCCUUUGGAUGGGUUUACAGUGGCUACCUUGCAAGUCGGCAGGCCCAUUUGUCAUAGUCGAUGA